UGCAUGACUUGGGUGGUGCCUAUUGCCGCAUUGACCAAUAGUAUUUCGACUCUCCAGCACGUCAUGUCGUUACUCUCGAUGACGUGCUGCGCUUGCCGAACAGGGUGUCAGCGACUACAGCAGCUAGGAUUUGAAACCAAAAUUUUAGGUUAACAGCCAUGUAUUUAAUCUUUUAUGCAAUAAUAACCUCUUGAAUGUGUUAGAGAUGCCUGCGACUGACUGGUACGCGCAUAAGUCGCUGGAAAAUGGCGUGUUUUGGAUCCAGGAGCGGUUUUAUGAAUCGGGGAACAGGGCGAAUAUCUGGCUCAUACGCGGGUCCCAUCAGGACGUGGUUAUAGAUACCGGACUGGGUUUACGGAGUCUGCCCGAAUACAUCAAUAGUAAAGGGCUGCUAGGGGACGAUUCAAAGCGCAAGAACCCGCUUUUAGCCAUUGGCACGCAUGUGCAUUUUGAUCAUUCGGGUGGGCUGCAUCAGUUUCAACAGGUGGGCGUGCACAAGGCGGAGGUGGAUGCUCUGGCUAACGGGGACAACUUUGAGACAGUGACAUGGUUAUCUGACCGCGAGAUCGUGGAGGAUCCAUCGCCUGGAUGGCGAGCAAGACAGUACAGAGUCAAGGCGGUCACACCAACACAUAUAUUACAAGAAGGCGACGUUAUCAACCUUGGAGACCGACAGCUUACUGUUCUCCACAUGCCGGGCCAUUCCAGAGGCAGCAUUUGUCUCCAUGACAAGGAGAACAAAAUGCUGUUCAGUGGAGACGUGGUCUAUGAUGGAUCCAUGAUUGAUUGGCUUCCAUACAGCCGGAUAAGCGACUACAUUCGUAGCUGCGAAAGGCUGGUUAAGAUGGUCGAUAAAGAGGAGAUUGACCAGGUCAUGCCUGGCCAUUAUAACACUUUUGGGAGCAAGCGUCUACACCGGUUAGCCUCCAACUACAUCGCUAGUGCCGGAGCCUGCCACAGAGCCUCCACCUGCUUGGUGAAGUCCUUAGCCAGCCUGGCACUUCGAGCCUCCAACUCGAGAAGUGCCUGCUAGUAGUGAUGAAAAGGACUACUAUGCAACAACAUGUCAUUGCAGACCUCAAUAUAUGAAAACACUGAGCAAUACAGCGUGCUAAUGAUAUACAGUAUACAAUUUGAUAAUAUUAUUUGUGAUCAAGGAUUAAAAUAAUGAAAAAAUGCUGCAUAAUAUCCAUCAAAGCAUCAAGAAGAAUAGUAGACAUUGUCAUGUUUUAAAGGUGCUGUUUGUAAUUUUCAACAAUAAUGUGUAGAGAUAUCUAAAGGACUAAAAUAAAUAAAUAAAUAAAUACAUAACCAGUUAAGUGCAAAUCCAGCACCACGGCCCGUUUCAUUGGUCAACUCAAUCACACAGACUUUACUGAUGCAUUUUUGAGAGAAAAAAAAUAAAAA